CGGAAGCGGAAACGCUUCCGGGUCCUACCGGAAGCCGGAAGUCGCCGCCGGGGGGGGCGCGACGCGGCCGCGACAGCGACCCCCCGGGAUGUCGCAGCCGCCGUCCCCGGAGCCGCCCCCGCCCCCCCCGGCGCCCCCCUCCCCCCGCAGGGCCCCGUCGGGUCCCCCCCGGCGCCAGCAGGACGAGGAGGAGGAGGAAGAGGAGGAGGAAGAAGUGGGGGGAGGGGCCCCCGGGCCGCGGGCCAAAGGCUCCGUGUACCGCCUGGGCUCCCGCCGCUGCCGCCGCUGUCUGAUCACGUUCCCGGACGCGGCGUUCGCCGCCCGCCACGCCAAGCGCCAGCACCCGCGGGACUUCGCCGCCGCCGCCCUGCGCGGGGCGCUCUUCGUCUGCUUCGUCUGCUCCCGCCCCUUCGGCUCCUCCCCCGCGCUGCUACGUCACCAGCGAGGCCACGCCCACCCCGCGCCGACUUCCGCCGGAAAAGUCACGCCCCUUCCGGCUCUGCCUCCGCCGGCCACGCCCCCUCUGGCCUGCACCGAGUGCGGGCGCGCGUUCGCCCGCGAGGGGGCGCUGCACCGUCACUACAUCCGGCACGCGCGGGGGGAGCUCUGAGGGGCGGGGCUUGCCGAAGGGGAGGGGCUUGCGAAGCGGGAAAAU